UCUCUCUCUUUCUACCCCGAUUCUCAUAACUGUCAUGCUCUUUUGCCUAUAACCAAGAUUCUCUACACAGUCUCGUCGCGUUUGAGAGCUUAUCGCAGCCCCUCUUCCCUGCGGAGAGCUUCCCUCCUCCUCCUCCUCCUCCUCCUCCUCCUCCUUCUCCUCCCAUCAUGUCUCGAUGGGCUUUCCUUCCGAACAUUCCGUAUCCGCCCUCGAGGCCGGGAUACUGGAGCCCCGUCACAUCCACCUUGAAUUGGUGUGAAGAGGAUUACUAUGCUACGAUUUACUCCGCCGAGAUCGUCAACACCCUGACAAACCUCCUGUUCAUGUGGCUCGGGAUCAAGGGCAUCCGCAGUUGUCGGCGCAACGGACAUGAUAGGAUCUUCGAAGUCGCCUACUACGGCUACCUCGUGGUCGGAACAGGCAGUUUCCUUUUCCACGCCACGCUGAAAUAUCCCAUGCAGCUGGUGGACGAGCUGUCCAUGAUCUACACCACCUGUCUGAUGUGCUACGCCUCCUUCGCAUACUCCAGACCCACGCCCUUCCGCAUCUUCUUGGCCUUCCUCCUGGCCGGCCUGGCGAUCUUCAUCACCCUCUACUACCACUACCUCCAGGACCCCGUCUUCCACCAGAACGCCUACGCCCUCCUGACCACGGUCGUCGUCCUGCGCAGCAUGUACACCAUGGAGGUGACCCUGCGCCCGCGAUGGCGCCACUCCACCGAGGCGGACCGGCUCGCGCGCGAGCGACAGGGCUUACCCGUCCCGACCAAGGAGCACCAGCAUUACGAGAACGUCCGGGAUAUGAAGACCCUCAAGACCAUGUGGUUCAUGGUGGCGUACGGCCUCAGCAUGUUCUUGGGCGGAUUCGGGAUCUGGGGCUUGGACAACGUCUUCUGUUCGAAGAUCCGCGGAUGGCGCCGGGAAGUGGGUCUGCCUUGGGGGAUCCUUCUUGAGGGCCAUGGAUGGUGGCACUUGAUGACGGGGUUCGGUGCUUAUCUGUACAUCAUCUGGGGCAUCUGGCUCCGUCAUUGCCUGAACGGGCGCCAGGAGGAGUAUCAUCUGUGGUGGCCUCACGUUUGGAAUUUCCCUGAGGUCAUCCGCACGAGCAACCAGGGUAAGAUUGAGAAUGGCGCGGCUAAGAAGUCGAACUAGAUUGGGUAUAUCCUAUUUUUUUCUCUUGUUUUAUUGUUCUAGAUCAGCCGCUUAGGGGUGUAGUUUGAGCACUGGGAAGUGAGCGCUUCGUUCUCUGUGGUCUUGAGCUAAGAGAACUGCGCUGCGAACCGGGGCCGUGCUCAUUGCCGUCGUCUCGGCCACGC